GCACCCUGACCCUCACAUACGAAAUCCAUCCAGCAAAAGCUACUCUUGUGAAUCAUAUACCACUCAGUCACGAAACGUUGGCAGUGCCUUUCCUCCUGCUGUCCUGCACGAUGGCGGCGGCUCAGCAGGUCAUGGCAGCACCCGUUCAUGACAAUAACAAUUGCUCAAAGGAGGAGAAGAACCGUGGCAUCACCCAAGACAUGCCCUUCACCGAGGCGGAGGAACAAGCUCCUGAUGCAAAGGUGCGUGACAACGGCGACUCCAAGGACGAGGAGGUCACGAUCGCGGUUGAUACCGAUGAGGGGCGAGGCUUAGCACAGGAAGUCGAAGCCAAGCUCGUCGUCGAGCCUGCAGAAGGUGGAGCAAAGGAAACCAAGGAAGGAAGGCCCCGCGUGGCGAAGAGGACUGAGAAAGCGGCCGCCAAGGGGGCGGUCGUCCCCGUCGACGACCACACUGAUGAUGAGGCUGCUGAGCCGAAAGGGGCAAAGAAGGCCCAGAAAGCGGCGGCCAAGUGGGCGGUAGUCCCCAUCGACGACGACACUGAAGAUGAGGCCGCUGCGCCGGGGGCAGCGCAUGUUGCUCCUGAGGAGGCGGCGGAGGCAGCUGGCGAGGAAGCGGGCGAAGGUGGCGCGAAAUGUGAGGAGAAGGCUCACGAGGAAUAGGGGAUGUGUUGUGGUGGUUUGCUUUGUCAGAUUCAAUAAGGUGGCGAUAAGCCGAUAAGGUAGUUAAUUCGGUCAGGUGUAAGGUUGUAAUCGAAGCAAUCAGGUGGAGUUGUAGUGUAUUGCCUACAAUAAAAUCGUGUGGUGUUUUCUUCUA